GGAUGGAGAUACUUCUCUUACCUGUGUCAUCUGUGGAUAAACUGUAAUGAAUGCAGUUGACAACUAAGCAGAAGUUCUGUUGAGAGUGUGCAAGCUGGGAGAAAGGUCAAGCUGGAUCCAGCUUAAGGUGUGAACAAAGGUGGCCCCUGGGCUGAGGCUUCAUAAAGGAAGGUUUGGUCUGGAAUUUUUUUUCAUGGCACAGGUGAAGACCCCUGGAAGAGAACUUUUAUCGUGGAAACAAAGUGUCUAUAAGUAUUAACUAAACCAACAUAACAUUUAAAAAAAAAAAGUUUCUGAGAAUACAGAGAUACUUUUUCUUUUUCCUUUGUUUUCUCAGAAGAAAGAAUGUGUUGUGUGUUCUAAUUAUAUAAAAUUGUAUCAAAUGCUGCCCUCCAAACUAAUUGCGGGAAGUUUAUUCAACGUUCAAAAACAAAAUUAAAUGUUUAAACCUGUUGGUUUCCCCUCUGCCCAUUCAUGUGCACGUUGUUUGUAUUGCGAGGGUUUGAGAAGUUCUUGAGAAUUAAAAAUGAAUGGAAAUGUUCCACAGGCCAAAUAUCUAAGCAUCCUAUCACAAAGGUAAAUAAAUUUUAAAUAACAUCUUUGCAGACUAUAGCUUUUCUUAAACAAACAGCAACAAAAAAAGUCUGGUCACUGGACUGUCUAAUACUUUUAGGAUAUGAAAAAAAGUAAAUCAGCUUUAAAAAUGGAUAUGGCUAUGCCAUUUAAACUAAGGAUCCGGUUUUGUUCUCUUUGUAAUAGAGGAAGAAAUGGUUACGUUUUGAUGAAGCAAUACUGAGUCUUAGUUGGGGAAUUUUUACUAUGUGUUUCUAUGAAUAAAGCUGUCAACUAUCUGUUAUAGAUGUCACUGAUUAGAAAUACUGCGUACUGACACAGUGUAUGGAAUCCUGUCUUGUCGGAGUCCUUAACAGAGUGGAGCAGCAAAAGUGGUCUGAGCCCUGCUUACGAUGGUGGGAAACUGCUCUGUAGGAUCCCUGGUCAGUCUUCUGUUGGAAGAUCAAAAUAUUCUCCGUUCUUAUGUAUAUGUUCUGAUUUUUAAAGCUCGAGUACAAAGAAGUUAAUAUUGUUCCUGCACCAUGAGCACGGCCGAGGAUGCCGAGUGGCUGCAGUGGGUGACAAAGCAGUUUGGGAGCAUCGCGGGGGAGGACAAAGAAAUUGACUUGGAAGAGUUCAAAACUGCUCUCCAAGUGAAGGAGUCCUUCUUCGCCGAGAGGUUCUUCGUGCUGUUCGACUCGGACGGGAGCGGGACCAUUAGUUUGGAGGAGCUGCUGAAAGCCCUGAGCCUGCUCGUACACGGGAACGAGACAGACAAGCUGAGAUUCCUCUUCCAAGUUUACGAUGUGGAUGGCAGCGGCUCCAUCGACCCGGACGAGCUGCGCGUGGUGCUGCGGUGGUGCCUGCGGGAGAGUGCGAUAGCCCUGCCCGAGGAGCGUCUGGGAGACCUCACCCUGGCACUCUUCGAGGCUGCUGACAAGGACCACAGCGGCUCCAUCACCUUCGAGGAGCUCAAGGAGGAGCUGGAGGGUUUCCCAGAGGUCAUGGAGAACCUGACCAUCAGUGCAGCAAGCUGGCUGAAGCCCCCGCCACCCACAGAGAGGAGCCGCCGGCCACGCUACCUGACCCGGGUGUACUGGCACAACCACCGCAGCAAGCUCGCCUGCCUGGGGGGCUACGCCGGCCUCAACCUCCUGCUCUUUGCCCUGGCUGCCCUGCGGCACGCCCGCCUCGGCGGAUGGAUGGCGGUGGCCCGGGGCUGCGGGCAGUGCCUGAACUUCAACUGCGCCUUCCUCGCAGUGCUGAUGCUGCGGAGGUGCCUGACCUGGCUGCGAGCUACCCCCAUUGCCAAGGUUUUGCCGCUGGACCAGCACGUUGUUUUCCACCAGCUCGUGGGGUACGUGGUGCUGGCACUGGCAGCCGUUCACACGGGCGCCCACAUCGCCAACUUCAGCAGGCUGGCGCGGCAGGACGGGCACCAUGCCCUUGCCGAGUACCUUCUGUCGGCACGGCACAGCGUGGGGGGCCUGGGCGGCACGGCCUCGCAGACGGGGCUGGCGCUUCAGGGGCUGGUGGCCGCCCUGCUCGGCCUCUCCCGCCCCCGCGGCCCGGAGACCACCCUGGCAGAGACCGACCAGUGUGAUGUGCCAGCUGGAUUCUCCCAGAUUCUCUGGUCCUCCUUUUUCCUCCAGGUGACUCACCUUGUGAUUGAGAGACCGCAGUUUUUCCACUACAAGCCUGGCGACUACGUCUACCUGAACAUCCCGGCCAUUGCCACCUAUGAGUGGCACCCUUUCACCAUCAGCAGUGCUCCCGAGCAGCAAGAGACCCUCUGGCUGCACAUCAGGUCGCUGGGCCAGUGGACCAACAAGCUAUACGAAUACUUCCAGCAGCCCGAAUCACCCAGCCCGGAGCCAAAACCACUCAGCAGGAGCCUGAGAGAGAAGAGAUUCCAGUGCUGGGCACAGGUCUCCACUGGGCUGGGCGAGACCCAUCGGCUCUGCAGCAUCAAGUGCUACAUCGAUGGCCCCUAUGGGACCCCGACACGGAGGAUCUUCACCUCGGAGCAUGCCGUGCUCAUCGGUGCGGGCAUCGGCAUCACUCCCUUUGCCUCCAUUUUGCAGAGCAUCAUGUACAGGUACCGCCGACGAAAGCAGAGCUGCCCCAGCUGCCACUACUCAUGGUGCGAGGACCUGCAGGAUGAGGAGAUGACGCUCAGGAAGGUUGACUUCAUCUGGAUAAACCGGGACCAGAAGCACUUUGAGUGGUUCGUCAGCCUGCUAACGAAGCUGGAAAUGGAGCAGGCUGAGCAGGAGCCGGGAGGGAGGUUUUUGGAGAUGCACAUGUACAUGACGUCGGCCCUCAGCAAGAAUGAUGUGAAGGCCAUCGGGCUGCAGAUGGCCCUGGACCUGCUGGCCGCAAAGGAGCAGAGGGACUCGAUCACAGGGCUGCGGACCAGGACCCAGCCUGGCCGGCCUGACUGGAGCAAGGUGUUUGGGAAGGUGGCGGAGGAAAAGAGAGGGAAAGUCCAAGUCUUCUUCUGUGGCUCGCCGGCGCUUGCCAAAGUCAUCAGGGCGCACUGCGAGCACUUCGGCUUCCGCUUCUUCAAAGAAAACUUCUAG